AUGGACGGCGGGAACGACGAUGACGCUGCGACGGGAGCGACCUCGCCCGUGCUGCCUCGAGACCGACAGCGACGAACAGCAACCUAUGACUAUGCCUACGAGAAGUCCGUGAGCCAUGCAGAAGCCAAACUGUUCUACCAGCGCCACCAGCAGGCAUAUAAGCCCUCUGAUGGCGACGCGCCGCAAAGCCCCCCUUUGGUCCCUCGAUCGAUGACGGACUCCGAGUCUUCUGCCCAACCGACCAGCCAUGGCCAUGGACUGUCUCUUCCCUCCCACCACGCGAUCGCAACGCCGCUCGCAACGACUGUUCUAAAUAGCGACUGCCUGACUGCUGCUGAACAGUCGGCACGAAGCCAUGCCUUGCGCCCCGAUGGACCUGAAUCGCGCUUCCUGGCUUCGCAGGGGAUACAUGGUGCAGAUGCGGGGUUUGGAGUCGGACAAGGCGCUGGCGGGUUUGCUUCAAGCGAUGAUGCGAUUACGGCGGAGUUACGUCUUAUAAGUCAAAAGAUCCAAUCUCUCUUGGACAUAAGGCACAGAUAUAUCAAGUUUUCGCUGCAGGGCGUGGGCGACAAUCCCAGGGAUGAGUCUGCCUGGGAUAUUUAUCCCCCGCCGCCAGAACCAGCGUGGGGUGAACUCGGAGAUCCGACGGGUACGAAUAGUAUGUCCAAUAGCAUGGUCAUGCCUGUAAAGGCGUCUUCUGCUGAGAGUGAAGGGGUUCCUAUGUCGCCAGCUCGUAAGAAGCGAAAGCCAGGACAGAAUAUUGGAGAGGACUUUGAUAUGGACGAUAUUUUGCCGUUGCCAGAAGCAUCGCCUUUUACCUUUAAACUGGAUGAAAGCAGCGUAUAUCAAGUGUAUGAAAAUUCUCAGGCUUCUGACUUGAAUCGGCCGAUAGUCCAAGUACCAUCCUUAAGGGACUUUUACAUGGACCUAGACACUAUUAUCGAUGUUUCAACAGACGGUCCCAUCAAGUCGUUUGCAUUCAAACGACUCUCUUAUUUGGAGGGGAAAUUCCAGCUUCAUGCAUUGCUUAAUGAAUACCAAGAAAUCGCUGAUAGCAAGAAAGUUCCCCACAGAGACUUUUACAAUGUUCGAAAAGUAGAUACCCACGUUCAUCACUCAGCAUGUAUGAACCAAAAACAUCUUUUACGGUUCAUCAAGAGCAAAAUGAAGAAAUCUCCUGAUGAAGUUGUUCUAUUUCGUGAUGGAAAGCACCUGACACUACGCGAAGUCUUCGAGAGUAUCAAUCUUACGGCGUAUGAUUUAAGUAUUGAUACUCUCGACAUGCAUGCGCAUACAGAUUCUUUCCAUCGCUUUGAUAAAUUCAACCUGAAAUAUAAUCCUAUAGGGGAAUCUCGACUGCGAGAAAUUUUUCUCAAAACAGACAAUUAUAUAAAAGGGCGAUACCUUGCUGAAAUCACCAAGGAAGUCAUUGCUGAUCUUGAGUCAAGCAAGUAUCAGAUGGCUGAAUGGCGUAUUUCUAUAUAUGGUCGUUCCAUGGACGAAUGGGAUAAGCUGGCCGCAUGGGUGAUAGACAAUAAGCUCUUCUCAUCUAACAUUCGAUGGCUUAUCCAAGUCCCUCGGCUUUAUGACGUUUACAAAUCCAACGGCAUUGUUGAUGAUUUCGAGGCGGUCAUCAAAAAUGUUUUUCAACCACUAUUUGAAGUGACGCAGGACCCAAGCAGCCAUCCAAAACUGCACAUCUUUUUACAACGCGUUAUCGGAUUUGACAGUGUCGACGAUGAAAGCAAAGCUGAACGCCGACUAUAUCGAAAAUUCCCAAUUCCCAAACAAUGGAACACUAAACAAAACCCGCCGUAUAGUUACUGGAUUUACUUUAUGUUUGCGAAUAUGGCGUCGUUGAAUUCAUGGCGGAAACAACGUGGUUUCAACACUUUCGUUCUACGGCCACAUUGCGGCGAAGCGGGCGAUCCUGACCACCUUGCAUCCGCCUUUCUCUGCUGUGCUGGCAUUAGCCACGGCAUUUUACUUCGAAAAGUGCCCCUGCUGCAAUAUCUAUUUUACCUUGAUCAAAUUGGGAUUGCCAUGUCUCCAUUGAGCAACAAUGCCUUGUUUCUGACUUAUGAGAGGAACCCCUUUGCCACAUUCUUUAGGAGAGGCUUGAACGUAUCGCUUUCCACAGAUGACCCACUACAAUUUGCCUUUACCAAGGAGCCGUUGAUUGAGGAGUAUGCCGUUGCUGCGCAGAUUUACAAAUUUAGCGCUGUCGACAUGUGUGAGCUGGCUAAACACUCUGUAGAUCAGAGCGGAUUUGAGCUAUGCUUAAAACAAAGAUGGCUGGGCCAAAAUUGCCAUUUACCCGGGGCAGCUGGAAAUAACAUGGCCAAAAGUAACGUUCCCGAUAUUAGAGAAGCAUUCAGGCAUGAGACUUUACUCGGAGAACUUGGCAUGAUUGAGCGCUACACGGCGCCACUGACUCAGCCGCAGACACCAAACAUGAUCCCUCUCAAUAAGCAGUGGCACGGAGCUCAGUCAACUCAGCCUGCGUCCCCAAACAUUUCCGGAGUAGCUGUAUCUGCUGGAGCCACUGGCACCUCGCACCUACCUCUUUCUUCUGCCGUCAUUCAUGAAACAGGGUACGACUUCGUCGGCAACGCUUCGUCUCCCAAUUUCCCAACCAACUCAGCUCGUCUGCCCUCUACCACAUCUCACGUGGAUCUAUACUCGCAGAUCAAUUCGCCAACAGCGAAUCGCAUGGCCCAUUCCCAACAGCCCGGUUUAGACUCUAGGCAGACAUGGCCUGCUGUCGCAACCCCGGCCCACGGCAUGAUUACGUCUACUCCACAAGAGACGAAUCCUCAAUCAAGUCUUGGUGGCCCGUUCAUGGAGCAGAGAAUAUUUCCAGGUAUCGUGCAUGCUCGGGUAAGACGAAAUAGCAAUUUGCAGGAUUUCGAUGACCUAGUGGCCGAUGACACGGACCAAAUUUCGGAGGUUAAAUCGAGUGGUGAGCGAAAUAGCACUGCUGAGCUUGAUAGUGAUGACAGUCCGCAGUUUGAAGAGCAACCUCCAACGUGGACAAGGGUGAAUGAUAUUGAUGAUGACGAUGAUUAG